UAUAUAUGGAAAGUUAAGAAAUUAUCAUAUAAUAAUCGAUAAGUUGCAACAGAAAAAGGGGAGGUUAAUGAAUGAUUUUGAAAUAUAGUCUACUCGGUAAUCUAUUAUUAUUAUGGAUGAAUAUAUUGAAUUCGGUCGUUAUGGUCGGACUUUAUUAUGGAUUUCUAACCACAUUUUCUAUAGGUCCCUCUUAUCUCUUACUUCUAAGAACUCGGGUUAUGAAAGAAGGGAGCGAAAAAGAAGUAUCAGCAACAACUGCUUUUAUUAUGGGACAGUUCAUAGUAUUCAUAUCGACCUAUUAUCCGCCCUUGUAUCUAGCAUUGAGUAGACCCCAUACACUGACUGUCCUAGUUAUACCGUAUCUUUUGUUUCAUUUUUUGUUCUUCUGGAACAAUAAGAAAUCCCUUUUUGAUUAUAGAUCUACUCACGGGAAUUUCAUUCCUAACCUUAGCAUUCAAUAUGUAUUCCUGAAUAAUCUAAUUUUUCAAUUAUUCAACCAUUUUAUUUUACCAAGUUCAACAUUAACCAGAUUAGUCGACAUUUCCAUGUUUCGAUACAACAAUAAGAUUUUAUUUGUAACAAGUAGUUUUUUUGGCUGGUUAAUUGGUCACAUGUUAUUGAUGAAAUGUAUUGGCUUAGUAUUAUCUUGGCCAUGGGAAAAAAUGAGAUCUAAUGCACUUUUUAGAUCUAAUAAUUAUCUUAUGUCAAAAUGGAGAAAUUCUGUAUCUCAAAUCUUUAGUAUUCUCUUAUUUAUCAUCUGUAUAUGCUAUCUAGGAAGAAUGCCAUCACCCAUUAUAACUAAAAAACUGAAAGAAAGUUCAAAAGGGGAAGAAAAGAAUAAAACUGAAGAAGAAGGAAAUGUAGAAAUAGAAACAGUUUCGAAAACAAAUAAGAUAGAACAGGAAGAAGAUAGAUCCGUGGAAGAAGACCUUUCCAUUUCUUUGGAAGAGGAAGAAAGGUGGAAUCUUUACAAGAAGAUAUAUGAAACAGAGGAGAUCUGGUUGAAUGGAAAGGAAGAAGAUGAAUUCGACCUGAAAGAGAAAGAAAAGAAUGAACUUUUAUGGAUUGAAAAAUCCCUUCUGUCUCUUCUUUUCGAUUAUCAACGAUGGAAUCGACCUCUGCGGUAUAUAGAAAAUGAUCGAUUUUCAAAUGCUGUAAGAAAUGAAAUGUCUCAAUAUUUUUUUAAUACAUGCGAAAGUGAUGGAAAGCAAAGAAUAUCUUUCACAUAUCCACCUAGUUUGUCUACUUUUUUUGAAAUGAUACAAAAAAAGAUGUCUUUUCGCACAGCGGAAAAACUACCUGCGGAGGCCCUCUCUAAUGAAUGGGUUUCGACCACUAAAAAACAAAGAGAUAACUUAAGGAACGAAUUCAUAAAUCGAAUUGAAGCUAUAGACAAAGGAUCUCUUAUCCUCGAUGUGGUCGAAAAAAGAGCCAGAUUGUGCAAUGAUGAAGAGGAACAAGAAUGCUUACCUAAGUUUUAUGAUCCUCUUUUGAACGGACCUUAUCGUGGAACAAUAAAAAAAGGGUAUUUAUAUUCAAUUAGGAAUGAUUCAACUACCUCCACACGGGGGUCUACCAAAAUGGCUUGGAUAAAUAAGAUUCAUGGUAUCCUUUUUUCCAAGGAUUAUCGAGAGUUUGAACGAGAAUUGGAACACGAAAUAUAUAAACUUGACGUAAAAUCAUUAUCUACAGGCAUUGAGGAUUCAUCAGUCUCAAUUGGUGAAUUUACAGAAGAAGCUGAAGAAGCUGAGAAAUCAAGAACUCGUUUCAAACAAUUUGCUUUUGGGGGAGAAGAAAAAGUAUUCGAUAUGGUUAGAGCUGAUCCGAAUGAUCAAAAAAUGAGUAAUCUUCAAAUUGAAGAAAUUAAGAAAAAGGUUCCUCGAUGGUUAUACAAACUGACUUCUGAUUUGGAUUUUGAAGAAGAGGAGGAGGAGGAGGAGGAAGAAGAUGAUCAGGAAGAAUCCACAGAGGAUCACGGGAUUCGUUCAAGAAAAGCCAAACGUGUAGUAAUUUAUACUGACACUGAUACCGAUGAGGAUACUAAUAUCAUUAAUACCAAUGAUAAUAUCAUCAAUACUACCACUGAUAAUAUCAUUAAUACCAAUGAUAAUAUCAAUAAUACUACUGAUAAUAUCAGUAAUACCACCGAUAGUAAUCAAGAAAAAAAUAGUGAUGAUCAAGUCGAAAAAGGUGAUCAAAGAGGAAAAGGAAAUGGUGAUCAAGCCAAAAAGAAAAAGGGUGAUCAAGCCAAAAAUGGUGAUCAAAGAGGAAAAGGAAAUGGUGAUCAAGCAGAAGAACAUGAAAUGGCCUUGAUACGUUACUCGCAACAAUCAGAUUUUCGUCGUGAUAUAAUCAAAGGGUCGAUGCGGGCUCAAAGACGUAAAACAGUCACUUGGGAAAUGUUUCAAACAGAUGUACACUCCCCCCUUUUUUUUGACAGAAUAGACAAAACACCUUUGUUUUCUUUUGAUAUCUCAAGGAUGAUGAACCUCAUUUUUAGGAAUUGGAUGGAGGAAAAAAGCCCAAAAAUACAAACAUCUGAUUAUGUGGGUGAAGGGGCAAAAGAGAAAGAGAAAAUGGAGAAAGAACACGAAGAGGAGUAUAAAAGAAAAGAGGAUAAAAGACAGGAGGAGGAACGGAUAGCAAUAGCAGAAACUUGGGAUAAUAUUAUAUUUGCUCAAGCAAUAAGGAGUUCCAUAUUAGUAACCCACUCGAUUCUUCGAAAAUACAUCAUAUUACCUUCAUUGAUAAUAGUUAAAAAUAUUGGUCGUAUGUUAUUAUUUCAAUUCCCUGAGUGGUAUGAAGAUUUGACCGAAUGGAGUAGGGAAAUGCAUGUCAAAUGCACAUAUAAUGGUGUUCAAUUAUCGGAAACAGAAUUUCCAAAAGAUUGGUUAACAGACGGUAUUCAGAUAAAAAUCCUAUUUCCUUUCUCUCUGAAACCUUGGCAUAGAAAAAAGCUACGAUCCCAUCAUAAGGAUCUAAGAAAAAAACAAAAAAAUUUCUGUUUUUUAACGAUCUGGGGGAUGGAAACAGAAGUCCCCUUUGGCUCUCCCCGAAAAAAACCUUUCUUUUUUGAACCCAUUAAUAAAACACUCGAAAAAAAAAUUAGAAAAGUCAAAAAGACAGGUUUUUUCUUUCUAAGAAUUAUAAAAGACAACAUAAAAGGUUUUCUAAAGAUUCUCAACGAAAAAAUAAGAUGGAUUAUCAAAAUAGUUCUAUUUAUAAAAAGAAAAGUGAAGAAACUCUUUUUCUUAGUGACGCGAGUCUAUGACCCAAGUCAAAAUGAAGAACCAAGUCAAAAUGAGAAAGAUUCCAAAAAAAUCAUCCAUGAAUCACCCAUUAUAAUUGUAUCCGGAGAUUGGACAAAUGAUUCACUGAUAGAAAGAAAAAUUAAUGAUCUGGCUGAUAAGACAACCAAAAUCUGGGAUCAAGUAGAAAAGAUUAGAAAAGACAAGAAAAAAAAACCUCUAACUCCAGAUAUUGAGGAUAUAGAUAUUAGUACUAACAAGGGAAAUUUUAGUAAUAAAAGAACCGAAUCACGGAAACAUAUUUUUCAAAUAUCUAAAAAAAGAAGAAGUGCCCCAUUAAUCUCUAAAUGGAACUCUUUUAUGAAAUCUUUCAUUGAAAGAAUAUACAUGGGUAUCCUUCUAUGUAUCACUAACAUUUACAGGAUCAAUGCACAAUUUUUUCUUGACUCAACAAAAAAUACUUUAAAUGGAUACACUUACAAUGACGAAAUAAAGGAAAAGGAUACUAAUGAAACGAAUCCAAAUAUAAUUCCCUUCAUUUCGACUGUAAAAUCUCUUUCUACUUAUACUACUAAUAUAAGUAGUGAUAGUAAUUCACCGAUUUACUGCGACUUAUCUUCUUUGUCUCAAGCCUAUGUGUUUUACAAAUUAUUGCAAACCCAAGUUAGUAACAAAUAUAAGUCAGAAUCCAUAUUUCAUUACUACAGAACAUAUCCUUUUAUUAAGGAUAGAAUAAAAGACUAUUUCCAUGACUAUUUCCAUACACGAGGAAUAUUUGAUUCAGAAUCAAAACACAAGAAACUGCGGAAUUCUGGAAUGAGUGAAUGGAAAAACUGGUUAAAGAGCCAUUAUCAAUACAAUUUCUCCCAUGACAAAUGGUCUAGAUUAGCACCUCUAAAAUGGAGAAAGAAAGUCAAUCAGCAUUUUACGAUUAAAAAUAACGACUCACCAAAAUUGGGUUCAUAUGAAGAAAAAGACCAAUUAAUUCAUUCCGGUAAAAAGGAUUAUUAUAAAUAUAAAUUGGACUUAUUGAAGAGUCCGAGUUGCGAAAAAAAAAUUAAAAAACACUACAGAUAUGAUCUUUUAUCAUAUAAAUAUCUUAAUUAUGAAGAUGUGAAAGACUCCAAUAUUUAUGGAUCACCAUUACAAGUAAACAGGCACGGAGAGAUUUCUAAUUACAAUACACAUAAAUACAAAUCGUUUUAUGCUACAACUAUAAAUGAUAGCCUAGAAGAUAAAUAUACAAUUGAUAGGGAUCCAAAUCUAGAUAGAAAAUAUUUGGAAUUGAGAAUCACCAAUUUUUACCCUAGAAACAAUAUUGAAACUAGGACUAGUACGGGUAUCAGAACUUUCAUUAAUAAAAAAAAGAAAACUACUAAGACUGGGACCAAUAAGAAAGAUAUUCUUUAUCUUUAUAUCAGAAUUCAUCAAGAAAUCCAAACAAAGCAAAAAGAGUUAUUUUUUGAUUGGAUGGGAAUGAAUGAACAAAUGUUAGAUCAUACUAUAUCGAAUCUGCGCCCUUGGUUCUUACCAGAAUUUGUGCCGCUUUACGAUCGAUAUAAGACUAAUCCGUGGAUCAUACCAAUCAAAUUGCUUCUAUUUGAUUUUCAUGGAAACAAAACAAGCGAUCUUUAUAUAGAUCCAAAGGUGGAAUCUAAUCAAAAAGAAAGAUUUAAUCCAAAACCAAAAGUAGAAUCUAAUCAAAAGGGAUAUCUUGAAUUAGAGAAUGGGAACCGGGACGAGAAAGAACGACAGCACCAAGGAAAUCUUAUAUCUGAUAUAAGAAACCAAAAAAAAGAUGUUGGAGCAAAUUCCGCGGGUUCAGAUAUUAAGAAACGCAGAAAGAAAAAGAAAUUCAAGAGCAAGAAGGAAGCGGAACUAGACUUAUUUUUGAAAAAAUAUUUUCUUUUUCAACUCCGAUGGGGUGAUUCUUUCAAUCAAAGAAUGACCAAUAAUAUCAAGGUAUAUUGUCUACUGCUUAGACUUAUGAAUCCGAAUGAAAUUGCUAUAUCCUCUAUUCAAAGAGGAGAAAUGGGUCUAGAUGUAAUGCUGAUUAAUAAGGAUUUGUCUCUUCCAGAAUUGAUAAAAAGGGGAAUAUUUAUUGUUGAACCGGUUCGUUUGUCUAUCAAAUGGGAUGGAAUUUCGAUUAUGUAUCAAACCAUAGCUAUUUCAUUGACCCAUAAGGUUCAGUACCAAACUAAUCGAGGAUACCAGGUAAAAAAACAUAUUGAUAAGAAUGACUUGAAUGGCUCGAUUGCACGACACGGAGGAGUGCGUGUGAAUGGGGACAAUAAUAAUUAUGAUUUGCUUGUUCCUGAACAUAUUUUAUCUCCUAGCCAUCGUAGAGAAUUGAGAAUUAUAAGCCGUUUCAAUUACCGAAAUAGGAACCUUGUGAAUAAGAAUCCAGUAUUUUGCAAUAGAGCUAAGACUAAUGCGCAGGGGUUUGAGAAAUUUGUAAAUAGGGAUAAGCAUUUUGAUACAGAUACAAAUAACUCUCUAAAAUGGAAAGUGUUUCUUUGGCCCACUCAUCGAUUAGAAGAUUUAGCCUGUAUGAAUCGUUAUUGGUUUGAUACCAAUAAUGGGAGUCGUUUCAGUAUGUCAAGGAUCCAUAUGUAUAAGCAAUUUGGAAUUCGCUGAUGUUACAAUCAAUUUCCCUCUUUAUCACGCGCCUGGUAUAUGAGAACAUGCAAAUAAAUACAUACCUUAUGUUAGACUCUGAUACACAAGAUUCAGUCAGUUAGACUCUGAUACACAAGAUUCAGUCAGUUAGACUCUGAUACACAAGAUUCAGUCACAUAUCAAUUGGACCUAGGAAUGAAUCGACAGAAUCUUUUUAGGUCCCUUUCCCUUUCAUUCUGUUUCGUGAGCCCAGGAAUAUACCAUCCCUUUGUAUCUGAAUAAAUUUAUUGUUAUUAUUUAUUCAUAUUCAUUUUGAUUUGUUUGAUAGAAAAAAGAGUAAUAUAUGAAUCAAUCCAGAUUAUUGUGUACACCAGAACAAAAUAAAUGGUAUUAUUAUUCUUGAUUGGGAAGAUUUAUAUCCGUGGGAACAAAAAGAAAAAAAGAGAAGAAUUUAUUUGUAUGGUAAAGAAUUCGCCCAUAUCCGUUAUUCCACAAGAAGAAAAAAGGGGUUCUGUUGAAUUCCAAGUAUUUAAUUUUACCAAUAAGAUAGAGAGACUUACUUCACAUUUGAAACUGCACAGAAGAGACUAUUUAUCUCAGAGGGGUCUGCGGAAAAUUCUGGGGAAACGCCAACGACUGCUGGUUUAUUUAUCAAAGAAAAAUCGAGUGCGUUAUAGGGAAUUAAUUGGUCAAUUGGGUAUUCGAGAACCAAAAACUGGUUAGUUUGGAAAUUCGUUUGAGUUAUUCGGUUCAUUAGAUCUUGAAUUUGGAUGAACCUCGUUUCAUUUUCAGGAAUUCAUGGAAUAAUGAAUUGGGAUCGGAGAAAU